AGAAAAUAAGCACAUGUAGCAUUUUAGAAAACAGGCAGCGUCUUUUAGAGCCGGGUUAACCACAUGCAGAUUUCGGAGGAGGGGAGCUGCCUUCAUCAGCUGAGCAGUUUCACAUGACAAGUGAAAGUGUAUUAUAGGCCAGCAUGCACAAGUGACAGAUGAAGUCAUAUGUGGCAGCCUUACAACAAGUUACCUGAAUUUUGAAACAAACUGUUCUGCACAUGGCAACAGGAAACGUCUUGGGGAUGUAUUUCUGAGCAGCAAGUGAGCUUCCUUUUUUUGUGUGUGUGCCCCUGAUGGUAUUUUGAGCUCUUAAGCAACAUAUUGCGCCCUGCAGAAAGGAAGAGUUCAAAGGAGAGAACAUUGCAUCAUGCGGAGAUAUGUGCUAAGCUAGAGCAGAGCAGAAAAUCUACAUGAACUAACUGAACCAAACCAACACAUGGCGGUUCACAGUUCAGUUAAUGGGACAACGGCCAUCCCGUGGAAGGGCAGCAGGAGGAGGCUGUCGCUGCUGCAGCAGCUGAGGGGAUGUCAGGAGGCCUGGUGCCCCGGGGCACCCUGGGAUAGAGAGGGGGCCCACGCUGCUCUCUGUGGAACACCUGCGGGGAGUUUCCUGGUUGUGCGGGACUCUGUAACGUCUCAGCCCAGCCUGCUGUGCGUGUCUGCUGGAGGAAAGAAUGAAGCAGUUCUUGACUACAAUAUCAGAAGCACAGGCACAGUCUUCCAGCUGUCUGAGUCUCGUCUGUCUUUCUCUGAGUUGGCUCAGCUCGUGCUCUUCUACUCUCUGACCAGGGAUGUGGUGGCUGUUUGUCUUUCCAUUCCUCACUGGAUCUACAGUGUAACCGAGAAGAGCAAAGAUUGUCUCUCUCAACUUGAACCGGAAACUUGGCUCUCACCACCUGACCAACAGACUGAUGAAAUGACCCACGGGGAGACAAGCAAUUUAAUGUGCUCCAUACAGCUGACCUCCACCAACGGGGCACUGUGUAUCAUCAAUCCCCUCUACCUACGUGAACACGGAGAUGAUUGGCUGACCAACAGGCCGACUGCCGUGAAGUGCCCCACCCAGUCAUCAACUCUCAGACAAGGCCGACGCCUCAGCACCAGCAGAACAUGGACAGGGGCGGCGUUACAAAAUAAACGAGCCAUCUCGCUGGAACAGGAACCCUCUGCUGCCAGUAUUGAGAGUUCUGGUCUAACCCGAGCAAAGUCAGCUGAUUCACCACAUUGUCCCCCCACCCCGUCAACACCAGCUACUCCAGCAGGGGUGGUUCUCAGGAGGCCCAGCAGAGAUUCUGGCUCCAGCAACCUUGACAGAGUGAGCACGGGGAGCCUUCCUCCAUCUCCUCCCUCCACUCCUGAAAGUUCAAAUCGCUCGUUGUUUGAGCCGCCUCGCCAUGGCAGCCCCGUGCCUCAGUCCCCUCACAGGGUGUCCUGGAUAGAAGAUGGAGUCUGGCUUCCCCCGCCCAGGCCUUCCUCUUUACUCCAGCCCCCAUCACUAGAGCUCGACUCGCUGUCAAUCAGCAGCAUAGAGGAAGAGCAGGAGUCCCAAACAUCAAGCCCUACCACGCACCACCAGUCGGCGCAACGGCUGGCUGACAAGGUCAUACACCGGCUCUCAGCGGUUGGUCAGGCUCUUGGUGGACUGGUAAGUCAGAGGAAAAGACUAACCAAUCGUGUGCAGGAGCUGAGCGAGCGCAAAGGUGGGGCGUUUGCAGAGGCUGUGAAAGGAUUUGUGGAGAUGACACUGAAGAGAGGGACUGAUCCCGACGGGGUCAGGGGGACCGAAUUCUUACAGGAAGUGAGGUCAUCGCUCACGUCACUGAGGGAGACACUGUUGGACCAUCCAGACAUCCAGACAUUGUUGGAAAGCAUUACUGACAUAAAUGACUCAGAUAUCGACUCCCUGGUAGAGCUUUCCCUCCACAAGGUGGCUCUGAAGCCCGUCUCAGCACACCUCUACUCCUGCAUUCAUGCCUCCCGGACCACCGACGGCACCUUUGAGCGCCUCCAGAGAAACCUGCGUGUGCUGGAAAGGAAAGGGAUAGACGACCUGGGGGGUUCGGCUGGAGUUGGUGUUCCCGAAUCUCUUACCCUGGAGCGGAUCCAGCAGAGGUGGACUAGUAUACAUGAGGCCUACUCCCCGAACAGGAAGGUCCAGAUCCUGCUCAAAGUCUGCAAGACCAUCUAUCACAGCAUGAGCACUAAUGCUAGCUCAGGUACAGUAUUUGGAGCAGAUGAUUUCCUGCCGUGCCUGACGUGGGUGCUGCUCCGUAGCCCCGUUGUCACCUUACAGCUAGACACGGACUACAUGAUGGAGCUGCUGGACCCCACACAGCUACAGGGAGAGGGUGGCUACUACCUUACAACUCUAUACGCCUCUCUUUACUACAUCAGCAGCUUCCAGCCACGAGUGGCCGCUCGUCAGCUCAGCGUCGAAGCCCAAAACUCUCUUAACCAAUGGCACCGUAGGCGCACCCUGCACUGCAACCAAUCCCGCCGCAGCAAUCACCGACGGACCAUUCGCAGGCAGGCGUGUCGGGAGAGGGCUACAGAGAACUCUGAGACAGAAACUGGGAGUAAAGGGGAAAGUGGGAAACAAUCUGACUCUGUUAGUACUGAUGAGUCACAGCAGCAGACAGAAAGCCCCAAAGAGGCUCUGCAGCUGCUGAAGGAAGAGAAUGGACAAGGAGCUGAGGACGAGUCACAGACGUCCACUCUCGCAUCAGACUGUAAUCAGCAAGACGUAAUAAGGAGCAAACAGGAGGAGAGACAGGCUCUAUGUAUGGCAGGAGAAGAGAACCACAGAGGACUGUAAUGGAGAGAAGAAGAAGAAUGGACCUGACAAGCAAUGAAUGGCGGCCACACAUUUUUGAUCCAAUUAGAGAAUGUCAAAUUAGGCUACCUCAAAAUCUUCUCAGACAAACCCUCCCAAAAGCUGCCACAUAACCCAUAAACAUGUCAUGCUCAGAUUCAUCUUCUAUAGAGGGCAAGAAAAGCUUUUGAUCAGUGUCAUUAACACGCUGGUCUCAGUUAUAUUAUGAACAUGCCGGUACUCAUUAUACUGUUGCCUGAGUUAGUGGUCGCCAACCUGGGGGUCAGGAGUCCUCCAGGGGUCCUAAGAUAAAUUUAAAGGAAUUGUUUAAAGGGAUGAAGAGAUUUUUAUUUUGCAUUUAGCACCUAAAGCUGCUAAAUGCCAGAUAUUUCCCUCAGGAGUUGGUGGAGACCAAAGCAGAUUAAAAAGGAGAGAGAAUAUGUUGCUCUGUGUCUACUGUUUGCUAACAUGUUAGCCAUAACACAUUAGUUAUCUGAUAGGUGUGUAUUUUCGGCUUGACGUGGCGUUCUUCUGCCCUGAAAGUGGCCAGAAAAUCAAUAAUUUAAGCUUAAAAUAAUCGUUACCUAUUUUGCCGGAUAUCAUGGUAUCUUUGUUUUAGUGCUAUAAAGCCUUUUACUUCAGGGGCAUGUCUUUCUGUUCCUCUCUAACUCAGUGACGCUCUUUCUGAUUUACCAAGACUGAAUAUAAUGCUGUUGAACUACCCCUUGAGCUUUUCUCUUUUAUUUAUACACUGUUCCAUCUUUGAAAUUUUAUUUAUAAAGCCAAAGUGCAUCAGGACUUUACAAAGACAAGCUCACUUUGUGCUUCACAAGAAAUCUCAAAACAUAAACAUGUUUUCCUCUUUGGACCACUAGAGGGCAGCAUUAAACCUCCUGUGAGAUGUAUAGCUUUUAGCCUAUUAAAAGUUUUAUUUACAGUUUGCAGAAUAUACACAGUAUUGAUUUUUAAUUGAUGGAAUAAGAUAGCACUGCAUUUUUACUGGGGAAUAUAGUAAAAAGAAAAAAUAUAUAAAAUCUGUAUUGGUUUAUGGAAUUUUCAAAAAUACUGAGAGACAAUGUCACUGCAUGCAGCAACAGCUGUGCAGCUGGUGGGUCCCUGCAGAUGUUUUUUUGUUCUCACACAUAAUGCGCACACACACACAAAGUGACAUUGCAUGCAUUACCCACACAAUACUAUAAAUACUGUAGCUCACAUGGAGUAGGUUUAAGGCUGCCUCGAAGUAGGAACAGGAUUGCACGUGUAGGAGAUAAAGUUAAGGCUCUGAAAAUAUAAAAUUGCAGCUGAAAUUAAAGGAGUUGAACGAGCAGUUGUGGUUCCUCACGUUAGCGCUGAUAGUAGCAAUGCCAGUUGCAGUGUAAAGAUUUUAAAAGAUGUUGCAGUGAUAAAGUUAAAGUUGAUGUUAAAGCAAUUAAGUUGAAGUUGAAUCACAAAAUCUUGUUGAAAGGGAAGUUAACGCUGAAGCACCGAACGUUGUUAAAGUAUUUGAACGUCAAGUAGUAGCUGAAGUCAGUUACUGUAAAUGAGUCUGAAAUGCAUGUUUAUCAUUUUACCUCCCUCCUUUUAUUAAAUGCAUUUUCAUAUUUUAUGUUUUUGUUAAA